AUGCUGGCUCUCUUUCUCUUAGGACUUGCCAUCCUGGUGGUCGCUCCCAUUACCGCCGCAGACCCGAAUUUCGAAAAACCACCUCCUCCGGUACAUUAUACUUCAUCAGAGCAUCCUUCCAACGACUUGGACUUCUCGUAUGAAAAAUGGGUGGAAGCUAUUAGCAGACAACCAAACGGGACUCACCUGUCCCCUGAACAGGCAAUUGCGGCAUCCCUUACUCGCAGUCAGGGAUGGAAUAUUCGCAAAGGAAGCUUGCAAAUCAGAGCACUCUCUAGCCUCGAAAACGUUAGAAGGAACCUGCUCCGGACGCGUGUAAAACACAAAACAAGCAAGCCUCCUACGAAGAGUGGAGAAACACCAAGAGAGGGAAUCGACCUCAACAGCGUUCGAUGCAACACAUUUCCAAGGGCCAGGUCUUCUAUCUCAGAUGUAGUCAGCUGCAUCGGCCAGUUGGCUGCUUCCGACAAGAAAAAAUGCAAUGCCACAAGCCCAAAAGCUUUCUGCAAGUCGGGUACUAGUUUUAUCAUCGGAUGGAGAAAGAUUGACGAGAUCUCCAUAGAACCUCCAUCUUGCCAGGCGGUUGCACGGAGUGCUGGAAGAAUCAUGGACUUCUGUACGUUCAAUGGGCUAGUGAUGGGAGAGACAGUAGCUUGGGACGACCCUGCUACAGGUGUGAUGAUCCGGGACUUUGCUGAAGGUUACAAUCCUUCCAACUUGACACUUCAUUAUUAA